AAACAUUGCCAGGAUUUUAGCAAACUAGUCUGAUGGAUCUUAAGGACAGCGCCAGCGAGGGCAGCAUGGAGAGCAUGGAGCGCUCCAGUAUCCAGAUUUUUGCCAACACCUCUACCCUCCAUGGGAUUCGGCACAUAUUUGUUUAUGGGCCAGUGACCAUAAGGCGUUUGCUGUGGACCAUAGCUUUUGUGGGCUCACUGGGUUUCCUCUUGCUGGAGAGCUCAGAUCGGGUGGCUUUCUACUUCUCUUACGAGCAUGUCACCAAAGUGGAUGAAGUAGUGGCCAAAAGUCUGGUUUUCCCUGCGGUCACCAUCUGUAACCUAAAUGAGUUUCGUUUUUCCAGACUCACAACUAAUGACCUGUACCAUGCUGGGGAGCUCCUGGCUUUGCUUGAUGUUAAUCUUCAGAUUCCUAAUCCCCACCUGGCAGAUCCAGCUGUCCUGGCAGUUUUACAGGAAAAGACCAACUUUAAGAAAUAUGAUCCGAAAAAUUUCAACAUGCAGGAGUUCUUUGCACGUGUGGGGCAUGAUCUGAAGGAUAUGAUGCUGUACUGCAAGUUCAGAGGUCAGGAGUGUACUCAUAAGGACUUCAAAACUGUGAGUAUUGACAGAUUUUGGCUUUUUUCUCAUCUCUGGGUGUGUGGCCAAUUGUGGAUGGUGGAGAACUCAGCUAGUGCUUAG